UAGGUAAGCAUUAGUGGUAAGACACUCCCGGCAUCCAGGUUUGCCAAAUCCAGUGUGCCAAAUCCACUGUGUGGCACACUGGACGGUAUACAGUGGUCGGUGGAGAUAACUGGACUUUUUUCAGCACUCUUUGGGGAAUAAAAUAAGACAAAGCACAGCAUCGUCCCUCGUUGCCUCGUCGUUCUCCUUCCCCUAUUCCCCCGGUAAGACUGAGAUUCCUUCGCUGCAACCAUGGUGGUGAUGAAGAUGAAGUUCCCCUUUCAGAAAAGGGUGAAGCUAGCCCAGGGACUGUGGCUCCUCUCCUGGUGUGCCACAGUGGCUGGGGCUCUCACCUUCAGCCUGGGGUGCAUCCUCAAGAUAGAGCUCAGCAGGAGGGCAGAGGUAAUGGAUAACGCAGACAUUCAUGUUGUGCCCAAUACCCUCAUGAUUGUUGGUCUGGCCUCCUUGGGUAUCAACUACUUUGCUUCAAAGAUCUGUCAGGAUGCUCUGGAUGCCGGGCGAUUUCCUCGCUGGAAAAACUUCCUGAAGCCCUAUUUUGCCAUCUCUUGUUUCUUCACUGUCCUCAUGCUGCUAGCUGUCAUCAUGAGCUAUGCAAUGACGGGCACUCUGGAGUCUUCUCUGAAGGCUGGCCUGAGGAACGGCAUCCGCUUCUACAAGGACACAGACACCCCAGGCCGCUGCUUCCAGAAACAGAACAUCGAUCGCCUGCAGAUGGAGUUUCAGUGUUGUGGAAACAAUGACUUCAGGGACUGGUUUGAAGUCCAGUGGAUCAGCAACCGCUACCUUGAUUUCAACUCUAAGGAAGUGAAAGACCGCAUCAAGAGCAACGUGGAUGGCCGUUACUUGGUAGAUGGAGUCCCGUUCAGCUGCUGCAACCCCAGCUCUCCACGGCCAUGCAUCCAGUAUCAGCUCACCAACGACUCAGCGCACUAUAACUAUGAAUACCAAACAGAGGAGCUCAACAUCUACCUCCGAGGCUGCAGAGAGGCUCUGGUCAACUACUACAUGGGCCUGAUGAACACCAUUGGGGCUGGAGUACUGUCAGUCUUCCUCUUACAGGGCUCUGUGCUGGUGAGCUUGCGGUUCCUGCAGACCUCCAUGGAGGCAGUGGAAGGGAAGGAAAACACAGAGAUUGAGACAGAAGGGUACCUGCUGGAGAAAGGAGUGAAAGAGACCAUCAUGGAGUACAUCGACCCUUUGCUGAAGCUCCUCCUGCUUACAAACCAGGUGGAGGAGGGCACCCCAGCUGCUGCCCCAGCUACCACCUAAACCACAAAUGACGUACACACAUGUAAAUAAUUUUUACACAGAAAGGGCAACUAAUGGAUGAUUAUUUAAAUUUGAAAAAUAUAUAACCACAAAUUUCUGAAUUUCACAGAUUUAGGAUAGUAUUUUUUAUUGUCAGAUGACUAUCACAGGUAAAGUAAAUGUCUACUAUAUAUAACUGUGCUUUUCCAUUCAAAUUCAUAUGUUGAACUGAUACCCACGACCCGUUAACCACAUACUGUAUAACAUCAGAAAAGAACCCACAGUUAUUGUAAACCUGUGAUUUCUAUUGUUUUUCAGAUACUUUUCAAUACUCCUUAAAGUGAAUAAUAUGCUCAUAAUCACUAUUUCUUAUUAUUUCUCAGUUUUAUGUUUUCCUGUCGAGGCAGUGUACAAAAAUGAUUUUUUGUCUUACAAAAACAAGGAUGUAAAGCUGACUGUAGAGAGGCAUGAGGCACAAUGCUCUGCUGUGCAACAGGACUAUGACACAAUAUAACUGAUGACGUAUUAAGUUACUAAUUGCCUUAUGGAGUGGAGUCACUUAUUGCUUGUUUUUCUAAUGCAAUAACAGUACAUGCAGACAUUACAACACUUCACAUGUCAGAUGUCACCCUCCAUAACAGGUGCUCCAAGUUGCUAAUUUCUUUUGCCUCUCUUCACCCUGUCAGUGGAAGGAAUAGGAUUAUGAAGAUUGAUUAAUCGAUGUAAUUAAUGCAGUGAAAGCUAUUAAGUGUGUCCUCUGUUCUGACACCUUUGUUAAAGCUUUUAAUCCCAUUUGUUAAUACUCAACCUGCUGCCCCUGCAGUUAGACACCUGCGUCAGGUGGAUGUAAGAUGCAGAGUGAACUAUGUCAAGGCUCUGUUUGCUUAUAAAAAUCUAAAUACUGAACAAUAAUAAUAAUACUACUGAGAUGUAACUUUUCAAAAACAAAUACAGUGUCAAGAGUUUGUGUUCUUCACCCAAGUCUCUGGGCAGUUCAUUAAUUAUAAAAGAGAAUAAUUCUACACCCUCUUUAUUGCCAGAAACAAAAGAUUGGUUCAUAUCGGGAAUCUAUUUGUAAUGUCAACCCAUGUGAAUAGCUUUAUUAAAGGUCCUUUUAAAAACA